CUAAUUUUAGUCUUUCGCCAAGACUGGACAAAGCCGGAUCGUGGUUAGCUGAGAAAGUGUAUAGUUUUGUGGUUUUGUGUGUAUCUUCGUAUAUUAAGAACAAAGUUGUGGGAAAAGUUGCGAUAAAACAUUGAAGUUCAUUGGAAGUGUACCUUCAAUUGGUUCUAGGGUGGUAUUUAUUUAUUAUAUUAAGUGUUAUAUCAGUUAGCAACAAAAAUUGACUGUAGAAAAGUGAACAGUUUCUCGAGAGCUGAAAAAGUUGGGUUGCACCGAGUUGUUCAAAGAAUCGACAUUUUCUCACGCAAUGCGAGAUUAACGAUCAUCACAGAUGUUAAUAAAAAGCAGUGUCAAAAAAAAGUUGAUUGAUUUUAAAUUAGCUUAGCCAGAACUGGGCUAACUGGAUUGUGUAAUGGCACAUAACGGGCUAGCAAUGGUGUUUUGUUAGUUAUUAUUUAUGCUGUGGAUAGAAUAAGUGAACAAAACGUACAGCCACAGGUUUAUGUGUAUUGUAUUCUAACGCCACUUAAAGUAGUCGUGUAGGAUAAUUAAAACAGUAUCUCAACGUUUUUAUUAUGUGAUGAGAUUACAAACUUCAUGUCCCAGUUUUCGCACCAGUAAUCAAAGCCAAGCAUUCUGAAGUUGCAAACCCCGCUGCGGCCGCAACACGCGAUCCAGUAUUUUACGGCAUCGUUCCAUAAAUCAUUGGCAUCAACAGCUCGGUCGAAACGUCAAGAGUCGCAAAACAAUAAGCCGUAAUUGGGGAGGAAAAAAAUUGAGCAGUUUAAAUUGCUGAUGACAGAGAGUGUGUACAAAUUAGGGGUCGUGAAUUUGUUCAAUUGAAUUAUAUUAUCAUCAAAAGUGUCGGUUCGGCCGGGUCGGGUGUUACAAUUCAAUCCGGGCGGCGAAUGUCGGUCGUCGUCGUCGUCACCGCCAGUAUAGAGGAGUGAUUUGUUGUGAGAAAGCGAGAAAUUACUGCCCAUCGUCACCGUUUGGCCGAUUUCUUCUUGCUAGGUCAUGAAGACAAUAGCGAGAGGUCACUAAUGAUGCAAUCUCCGGACAGUUGGUAGUUACUGCUGCACUGUUGAACUAAUUAUUUUCCGACGGAUGUUACCGUUUGGUUUCCAAACCGAAGAUCGCUCGAGGUUGGGUUUUGUGGUUUGAUAGGACUGCACCGCAAGAGAAACUGCCCGCGAUGAUUGUGAUCAGUGACAACCUUCACCUCAAUGUUUUGACAAUAAACUUUGUGCUUCAUCUCCGCCGACGUCGCUGAUGUCCGGCUGUUGGCAUUGGCGUAGGAGACUAGUGACUAGUGGAUCGCGUACAAUCAACCGUGCAGUGAUAGCACCAGAGUGCCCUCAUGGCCGAUAGCCGCGAACGAAUACGUGGCCCACCACGGGAUGGGCGUGAAGGUUUUACCAGUCCGCGUCAGGUGCUCAGACGAUUGAUGCUACUGUCCGAGGGCCGCCAAUAUCGGGAGGCAGCCACCGUGGUUGGACGUCUUGGGCCCUCGGUGUUGCGGUCGGUUGUGGCAGAACUUCCGAUGGAUAUUCUGAUCGAGGCGCUGCCUCACAGCACCUACCUGCUGGAGUCGUUUUUCAACAGACUGAACACGGUGAUACCCAACCCGAAACCUGAUGUCCCGAGCGAAGCGAUUAUGUGGCACCUCGUCAAAUUAUUUAGCAACCCACACGAAACCGGCCUCCGACAGCGAUGUACAAAAUUAGCUCAAGCUAUCGGAACUUGGCAGCCGUCACUCCGGGAAGCCCUGAUAGCCCGCCGAAAGCAACUGGAUCAAGCCAUCGAAGGUCUGGGCGUUCAUGGACUAACGGCCGACUAUACCGGCUCGUUAAUCUCACUCCAUAUAGCCCUGAAGAACGAACUCCAGCGACACAUAGAGACCUACAAAACGGCAAUCCACAAGCUGGAAGAACUCAGUCCCGUAACCGUGAAUCAAGAUCCGGCUCAAUCAUCGCAUCAGCGUUUGCUCGCCAUCUGUCAUGGCGACAUCCAGCAGCGGUUAAUUGACAACAAAACGCUUCUCACCAUGCUGGAUAAGCCAGCCCUGAAACAGCUAGCUCAGUUGGUGGAAAACCUUUCCCAGCGUGUUCAGAACGACAAGGAGGUUCUGUUCUGUGUGGGACAGAUCAGGCGAAUCGAUACCUCAGCAAAUACGGAGGAAAGACCUGCAGCUGGCCUGUUGAUGAACUAUUCCCGAGGCUGUGAAGCCGUUUUGGGAUUGAUGGGGCCUAUAUCUACUCCCAGUAGUCCGACCAGCAACGAAUGUAGCAGCGGAAGCGAUGGUUACCAUUCGGACUCCGAUAACGAUGAAACUAACCCGGAACUUGUGCGUCAGUACAGUGUUAUGUACAGCAAACACCGCAUCGAAACUCUGGAUUCCCUAAACAGUUUGAUACAACUGAAACACGCACAUCAACUGAAAGCGAAAAUCCUUUUCUCGAUUAUUGUGCUAGCAUUUCGCGCCUGCCAUGGCCUGAAGGAACGCAAGGUACUCGAGGUUCGACGAACGUUGCACGUGUUGGAUGCGAACGAUGACGCGACGGCUGCCCUGGACCGGGCGGUACGGCAAAACCUCAAAGACACCGUGGACCGGUUCCCGAUGGGCGACGUCGAACGACAGGUUGCCAAUCAGGUACUAUCAACGCUUCAUGAAUAUCCCUGCCUGGAGACCUGUCUGCCACUGAUCCACUACAUCAGCGAUUGUGUCCGGCUGGCCUGGAAGAUGUCCAAUCAAACCGUUCCGUACUAUCUGGACAUGGAUUUUACGUUAGGAUUGCUGCAGCCAGAGAAGCACGAACGCUACCCCAUCUCGGAAAAGCGAUCCGACAUCAUUCGAGCUUUUCUGUGGCCGGCGCUGAUGCAGAACGGCCAUUGCGUGUACAAAGCCGUAGUGGCCACCUAGGGAUGACCAUAACCUCAACAUUUGCUCAAAUCUUUUAAUCAGCAAAACUGAAAGGCAUUUCGCUAUAUCAUUAAGCAAUUGGAAGAAAAUUAGUUGCGUGCAAGUUUAUCUUUCGAACCAAUAUAAUUCCAUUGAAUUCGUCGUUUUUAACCUAUUUUGUCGAGACAGACAUCGUUAAUAUUAUGUACAUA